AUGACUCAAAUUUGGCCAUACUCAAGUAUUCAAUCUGAAGAUGUCGAAAUCACCGGAGGAUCCAUUUUAUUGCAAAAACAAUUGGGGGAUAUGGAAGGCGAAGUAAAAGAAAUCCAGAUGGAAAUAGCCGCUAUAAAACGUGACCGAUUAGAUGUGAUGACGAAGAAACAGAUGAAUGUUUUUACGCCGGAAUCGGAAUAUCUUGAAAGUACAGACAGUGGCUUUGGUGAAUCUGUAAAUAAAGCAUCGGAAGAGAGGUCUUGUAAUUUAACACAGAUAACGAAACUUCGAGAAGAAUUAAUUAGAGCCAAAACCCUGGCUGAAGAAGAAAGAACUCGGCGUGAAAAAUAUGAGACGAAGUUGAAAGAUUUGGAAUUGAAACUCAGCGAAAUAUGUCAUAAAGAAAUUCCUGGACAUAAAGAAUAUCGGAAAUAUACCGAAAAAGAGGUGGCGGCUUUGAAAACGCAAAUCAGAGAAUUGAAAGAGGAAUUGGAGGAAACGAAAAUGACUCUGAGAGAGAAAAAUGAACAACAACAAGAAUACAGAUUGAAGUAUCUACAAGCACAGCAAGAAGUCGAAGAAUUGAAAAGACAAUUGGAUGUUAUAGAAUUUGACAACAAGCAAGUUUCUGAUCAAAUUCAGAUAGAGAUUCAAAAAGUGAAGAUGCAAUUCCAAGAGAAACUUCAGGAGCUGGCUCCUUUGCCGGAUCUCUUGAAAGGAGCGCAGAUACAAUUGCAAGAGGCCAAACAGUUGCAGAGACUGGCUGAAGAUAAUUCGAGACAAAUCUCUGCAGAACUUCAUAGAGUCAAAGAAAAACUCAUUAUAACGGCCAACAGCCUUGAACAGGAAAAAGCGAUUAGAAGUGAUUUAUCAGAAGAAAAUAAACUUUUGAAAAAUAUGAUUUCUGAAAAGGGAAAAGAAAUUGAUGAAAUAUCUAAAUCUCUAGAUGAUCAUAAAUCCAAAGUUUUACGUCUCGAAGAGAAACUGACACAGCAAGAAACGAGAUUCACAGAAAAAGCUAAUGAAUGUUCGCAGCUACUUAAAGAUUUGGAUGAUCUGCGACAGGAAAGUCAAAGGUCAACAAAUCGAAAUAAAGAACGCUCGGACUCGAUGAGGAGAUAUAUGCAAACGCAGAUUACUGAACUCGAGAGGCAGUUGAUACAGAGUCGGGCGCAGUGCAGAGCCUGUCAGAAGGAGCGGGAUGAGAUCCGACAACGUAUGCAGAUUCAAAUCAAUAGCCUUCAAGAGAACUUCGAGCUAGUUGAGAUCAGACUUCGUGCUCUUCAAAACCAGGUCACGUCACUAAAGAAUAGUUACUCUGUCAUUCUCGCCGACGAAGAGGAUGGUAAUGAAUACAACAAAAUCGCUACUGUUUAA